UUCCAUCAAUUAUGCGUACCCUAAGAGCAAAUGGUUGCGAAUCACUACAAAAACUCCCAGAUUUGUCGAGUCUCUCCUCCUACCAGCUUGAAGUUGACUUGCCUUCAUGUUGUGAAUUAUCCCGCAAAGGAGUCAAAGUUGCUGAUGUGUCAUUACUCGAGGGACUCCCGAAGAUGGGUAGUGUAGAAAUUCUCCUAAUUGGAGGAGAGAUGCCAGAAUGGUUUCUCCCCUGUGAAAAUGGCUUCUUAUAUUUCGUGGUUCCCCAAGACUUGUCUGACAAGUUCAGAGGACUAGUACUCUGUGUCGUUCUUGGCGUGGAGAAAGGAAAAGUGGCCAAUGAUUCAUGUGAGAUCCAAAUAUCUGUUAAUGGCCAAAGUGUCAUUUGGCAACGGAAACACUUUUAUUCAUCGGAAUCGGAUCAUCUACGCCUUCUAUAUUUCCCGCGAAGUAUGCUGAAUGUGACAUCCAAAUGUCGGAACCAAUUCGAAAUUUGCCUCAGCACAUCGGAAGGAACCUUUAAAAAGUGUGGAUUCCGCCCAAUAUGUGAGCAACAGGAGGAUGAUCUGAGGGUUGUGCUCUAGCACCAUAAGCCGAAUGGAUACCUGAGGACAGACUUAGAAGAAGGCAACUCAAUAGAAACUGAAGAAGAAUAUAGUCCCAGUGAAACAGAUGCAGAGGAAAGCUGAUCAACUUUAACAAAGAAGAGAAGAUGGUCUUAACCACGGCAAGACUAUGGGAUCCACUCGCACCAACCUAUCAUGAGUGUUGGCUUGUGAAACAUACCUGUUGAAUUGGCCACAACUUGCUGAGGAAGUGAUUCUCGGAGAAGAGAGCUAGGUGAUUUCGAUUCCACUGACUUUUGCUUUUCCCCUUUUUUCCGUCUCUACUAGAAACUUUCGAAUGUUUGCACCUUCAAUUGAAAUUCAAAAUCACUAUC